AAUAAUAAUAAUAUAGGAGAAAGAUAUUUCACUCAGUUUGUGCCCCUACAUAAAGCUGCAUUAAAAGGGGAUUGGGAGGCAGCUAAAGAAUUGCUGAUAAAAGAUCCUUCAUUAGUUAAAGAUUCCUUAACUGAAGGUGGAGAAACUGCUCUACACAUAUCUGCUGUCGAAGGCCAUUCCUUUUUUGUUCAUAAUUUACUUAAACUGAUGCAAGAUUCCGACAUCGAAAUUCUCAACAAAAAAGGAACCACCGCCCUUUGUUUUGCUGCUGCUGCUGGAAACCUUAAUAUCGUCAAACUCAUGGUACAUAGAAACCCUGAUUUGCCAACAAUCCGUGGUCCCGAUGGUGUUACCCCACUCUAUAUGGCUGCCUUUCUCGGACACACUCAUGUCGCAGACUAUCUUUUUCCUUUAUCGGAUUUCCAAUCUUGGACUGUAGAAGAUCAAAUUACACUUCUAACCACAACCAUCGACUCACAACUCUACGGCCUAGCUAUGACCAUUGUGGACCAAUGGAAAUCGUUGGCUGUAGUUGAAGAUAGUAACGGCGAGACAGCGUUACAAGUGCUUGCGCGGAAGCCAUUAGUAUUUUGUCGCAGCAGUAAUACAUCACAAGGACUUUGCGGUAGAAUCGCCAGCGCAAUACUUUUACGUUACACGAAGGUGAGGACGCAUGAUAUACGCGCACCGUGUGAUGCAUAUACAUUGCUCGAUUGCCUUUGGAACAUCGUGAUAUGCCAAGAGGAGGAUGUCGAAACCACAAGAGUAGUUACCAAAAACACUACGAAAUUGUUUUUCAUAGCCGCGGAAUCAGGGAAUGAAGAAUUUCUGGUGGAACUGAUUCGUCGAUAUCCCGACUUUCUCUACAAAGUGAACGAGUCGAAACAAAGCAUAUUCCAUAUCGCGGUUUUGCAUCGAUACGUGCAAGUCUUCAACUUGUUGUACGAGUUACGAGGUGCCAAGGAUCUCAUGGCAACUUAUGUGGAUAAAGAUGGUAAUAAUAUGUUGCACUUAGCCGCUAGAUUAGCACCUCAAAACCAGCUUAAUCUUAUUCCAGGUGCUGCUCUUCAGAUGCAACGUGAAGUAUUAUGGUACAAGGAAGUAGAAAAGAUUGUGCAGCCGUCGUACAGAAACAAGAAGAACUCGUCGGGGAAAACACCGUGGGAAUUAUUCGUGUCGGAGCACGAAGAACUGAUGAAACAAGGAGAAAAAAUGAUGAAGCAAACGGCGAAAUCGUGCAUGCUGGUGACCAUCCUGAUAGCCACCGUGGUGUUCACAGCCGCCUUCACUGUUCCGGGAGGGUAUGACAAUGCGAACGGAACACCGAUUCUGAAGAACCAUAGGCUGUUUGUGGUUUUUCCGAUAUCGGAAGCGGUGGCGACUUUGUCCUCGUUGACAUCGAUGCUGAUGUUCUUGUCGAUACUGACGUCGCGUUACUCGGGGAAUGAUUUUCUGAACACGCUGCCGUUCUGGAUGGUGGUGGGAGUGGCGGCACUGUUCGUGUCGAUUGUGGCGAUGAUGGUGGCGUUCUGCACGUGUCUUUUGUUCUAUCAACACGGGUUCGGGGCAGUGACUGUGCUUCUGGUUAUGUUUGCAAGUGUGCCCAUAAUAUUCAUUGUCCUCAAAUAUCCUCUCUUGGUUACUAUACUCCGCUGCACCUAUGGUUGUAAGGCCCUCUUCCGCUCCAACAAUCGUUUGUUGUCCUAGCUUGCUUUUUUUUUUUUUUUUUUUUUUUUUUUUUUCUAUUUUGCAUCAAACCUU